GUACAAGAGGUUGAAGAAGGACCCUGAUAAAAUCUGACUUCAUCAUGCGAAUUUCGCAGCAUCUACUGGUGUUCAUAUCAGUCCUGUCACUCACCAGGGCACAAACAGCAAUUGUAGCCACAGCGCUGGAAAGCACCAUAGAACCAGCAGAAACUCCCAUCACACUUGCAACCACAUCAGCUGCAGAGCCAUGGAGAGCACCAGAUAUAUUCUAUCCAUUCGGCUUAGCAGCAGGAGACACCGAAAUUGUUGAAACUGGUAGUGAAAGCUACAGUUCUGUUGGUCUUUCAACUCCAUUUCAGUUCUUUGGCCGCACAUACAACCAGAUACAUGUUAAUUAUAAUGGACUCCUUACAUUCAACAUACCUUUACUAGCAUCAGAACCUUACUAUAAUCCAACCAGAGGAAUUGAAGAUUUCAUUGCUGCGCUCUGGAAUGACUUUGACGACUAUGGUUUGUCAUAA